AUGUGUGAGACACAUUAUACUAAAUUCUUAAUCUAUUUCUUUUCGCGGUUUACGCCGGAGUUCCGACCGUUGGUGGCAACUCUAGCCCGUGGUGCACCUGUUCGCCUCCCGGAGGUUGUAGAUUUUCUUGUUUCGCAGGAGUGGAUCUGUUCAGACGAUGGUGUGGCUCUCGGCGCACCGGUGGCCUUGGCCGUAAGUCGUGGUGGUCACGACGGUCGCGGUGGCAGUCCGCAAAACCGAGGCGGUCGCGGUGGCAGUCUGCAAAACCGAGGCGGUGGCGGCCGUAGCAGGGGGCGCGGCGGUCGCGACCGGGGGCGGUCCAAUUCGGGCCCUCGGUGUCAGAUUUGCAACAAGCAAGGGCAUAUAGCUACGGCGUGUUGGCGUCGUUUCACUCCUGAUCCGGACCCUCAGGCGAAUGUUGUCGUUUAUGGUGUUGAUGGUUCUGUGGACGACUCUCAUCAGUGGUUCCCCAGCACUGGUGCCACAAAUCAUGCUACCCUUGAUCCCACAUUAUUGACGUCCUCUACUGCAUAUGAUGGUCCAGAGACACUUCGGGUCGGCAAUGGUAUAGGUUUGCCUAUUGUUACUAUUGGUUCUGCUUCGUUAGCCACUAAUUCUAGGUCGUUUCGUAUGUCUGAUGUUUUGCAUGUUCCUGGUUUAUCUUCUUCGUUAUUAUCUUCUCAGGGUUUUGCUAAAGAGAAUAAUUCUGAUUUAGGGGGAGAAUACAAAAAGCUUGGUUCGACUCUCGCGUCAUUGGGUAUUCGACACAGGAAGUCCUGUGCGUAUACUCAUGAACAAAACGGCAGAGUAGAACGCAAGCAUCGCCAUGUUGUCGAAACAGGACUGGCGCUAAUGGCCCAAUCCUCUGUUCCGUCUCGUUUAUGGGAUUAUGCCUUCGAAACUGCUGUGUAUCUUAUCAAUAAAAUGCCCACUCGUGUCUUGUUUGAUAAGUCUCCUCACUACCUCUUGCAUCGGUCUCCGCCCUCUUACUCAUACUUACGGGUACCCGCACCAUGCCCAGAGCCAUGGGGUGUUGCGCCGGUUGUGCCUCUUGGUGAGCCGAGUGAUGUCUCGGCCUUGGAUCCUCCUGUCGUGCCCGAGCCACACCGCCAGCAGCCCGUUUCUGCCAAGCGGACAGUCACGGACCAGCCGCCUGCUCGGCCGAGGGGUCGAUCCCGUCCCGCGCCCUCACCCGUCCGGUAUCAUACGAUGAAUACGCGGAGCUCGGGACCACAUGGCCAUGUUGCUCUAUCUACUAACGUCACUACUGAGCCUACAUGUUUUACUCAAGUGGUCAAAUUUCCCGAAUGGCGAGAUGCAAUGGAUUUGGAAUUUAAUGCCUUGGUGCACAACAAUACAUGGCGGCUUGUUCCUUUUAAAUUCGGUAUGAAUGUGGUUGGCUCGUACUGUGGCUCGUUCUUCAACUGA